AUGAACGCGAUUGCUACGUACGUGUUCUUCGAUUUGGAAACCACGGGAUUACCUCGUCAAGAACAUAAUAAGACAAAAAUAACCGAAUUAAGUCUUGUCGCUGUAAAGAAGGAGCACCUACUCGACUCACCGGAGCAAAAAGUUCCUAGAGUUCAAAACAAACUGACAUUGUGCUUGAAUCCUCAAAAAAUGAUACAAGAUGAGACUACUACAAUCACUGGCUUAAACAAUGAUCUUUUGGAACACCAAUCACCAUUUAAUGAAAAUGCCUUCAGGGUGAUAAAUGGAUUUUUGAAUAUACUAAAAAAGCCCAUAUGCCUAGUCGCUUACAAUGGCAACUGGUUUGAUUUUCCCAUAUUAAAAAGGCAAUUAGAUAAUCUUAACGUUACACUUCCAGAGGAAGUCAUGUGUGCGGACAGUUUUUUCUGCUAUUAUGAUAUACUUUACACCAUAGAGAAGUCUCAAAAUUCAAUGGCUUGUACAUCUGAUACUAUAUUGCAGGAAACAAAUGAAGAAAAACCAAAUAAUGAUAACAUUCCUAACAUGCAAUCUAUAAAUGAGAGUACUCCAAAAAAUAUUAUUAAUAAUAAUAAUUCAUUAAAAAUGACUAGAGUUUCUAAGGCUCGGAGAAGACUUCCAUGGAGUAAAGGUGAUCAGCCUCGAAAAAGUUAUAAAUUAACAGAUGUUUAUAAUAGGUUAUUUGGGUGUUGCGCUAAAGAUUCACAUACAGCUGAAGGCUUACUUUUACUGACGGGACUUCUAUGGGGUUGCACGAAUCCAUUUAUCCGACAGGGCACUAGGGGAUUGUGUAAAGUUCGGGCCGACUCCAUUCUGGGUCUCGCUUACGCAGAAACCAUGUUUUUGUUAGGAAAUUGGAAGUACAUGGUUCCGUGGUUGAUAAACCAAAGUGGUUCGCUGGUGUAUUUGAUAGCGGUGCAACAAGUGCCACUAUCACUCGCCGUGCCAGCCGCCAACAGUCUAGCGUUCGCGUUCACAGCACUCACUGGGGCUGCCAUAGGCGCAGAAGAACCUUUAGAUGGAGGUUCUAGUUUCGGAGUAGUCCUCAUAGGGAUUGGCACAGCUUUAUGCUGUUGGGAUAAAACU